AUAGAUAUAUCCUUUUGAAAUCCUGCAUUGCGCGUGAAAUCAAUGCUAAAAUUCAAAAAUAAAUCAAUUAUAAAAAUAUGCUUUCCCAAAGCUCAACAAAAAAUGCUGAAACGUGCGAAAUGUUGCCUUUCCUAUUGUGUAAGAUACCAGAAUAUACUGAACUCUAAACCCCUACGUGAUACUUAUUAUUUUCAACUGCCACUAGAGAUAAUGAAUAUCCCAAAAAUAGUUAUAGUUGGUGCAGGACCAUCUGGUAUUGCCUGUGCUACAAAACUAUUAGAUUAUGGUUUUCAUAAUGUGAUAAUAGUUGAGGCAGAGAAACGAAUUGGUGGUCGUAUACAUACUAUACCUUUUGCGGACAAUGUCAUUGAUUUGGGUGCACAAUGGUGUCAUGGUGAAAAGGACAAUAUUGUCUACGAAUUGGCAUAUAAACAUAAUUUAUUGGAGUCAACGGGUGACGUUUAUGAGAGCUAUGAAUGCAUUCGUUCUAAUCGUGAAGUUGUGCCGGAAAGUAUUAGUCAACGAUUAAAGGAUAUUGUAAAUGAUAGUUUAGUGACACGUCAAAUGGAAUUACGAAAUUGUAGCGGAUCCCUUGGUAGUUACAUAACGAACAAAUUUUACGAAGCACUACGUAGACCUGAAAAUUCUGACAUAGAUAUUGCGAUAGCAAAGGAGUUUUUUGAAAACUAUCAAAAAUUUGAAAAUUCCGUUGAAGCUUCGGAUACAUUAGAUGAAGUUUCUGGCCGAGGCUAUUUGGAGUAUUGGGAAUGUGAUGGUGAUAUACUGCUUAAUUGGAAAGACAAAGGUUAUAUAGAGUUUUUAAAUUUAUUAAUGAAAUCUAAAGAUUUAGGUACAGAGCAUGGAUUGUUAGAUAAACGCAUAAUAUUGGAAAAAAGAGUAAAACAGAUUUAUUGGAAUCGUAACGAUAGUUGUGUUGAUGUGAAGUGCGAAGAUGGCGAAAAUUUUUUAGCUGAUCAUGUUAUUUUAACGGUUUCAUUAGGCGUACUCAAAGAUCAACACUUAUCACUUUUCGAACCAAAAUUACCUGUGGAGAAACAACGUGCUAUAGAUGGUCUUGCUUUUGGCACUGUAAAUAAAAUUUUUAUAGAAUUUCCUGUGCAAUUUUGGCCAAAUAAUUGGACAGGUUUUACAUUGCUGUGGCGUGAGGAAGAUAUUGAUGAAAUACGCGGUACUGCACGUGCUUGGCUUGAAGAUGUUUUCGGUUUUUACUGUGUAAAUUAUCAACCAAAAAUUUUAAGUGGUUGGAUAAUUGGAGUUAAUGGCCGACAUAUGGAAACAUUACCGGAAGAAGAAGUACUAGCCGGAUGUAUGUAUCUAUUUCGUAAAUUUCUUACGUGGAAUAUACCAGAUCCAGUGAAUUUUAAGACAUCAACUUGGUAUACAAAUGAGAACUUCCGUGGUUCAUAUUCAUUUCGAUCAAUGUUCACUGAGGAAAUUGGCACAAGCGCAAGGGAAUUAGCACAGCCUCUUACAGUUGUGGUAACAAAUCCAAGACUACAAAAUGAUAGUGAUAAUAAUGAUGAAACCAUAAGUGCACAAAGCCGUUGUGAUAAACCAAUUAUUCAGUUUGCUGGAGAAGCUACAAGUGACCAUUAUUAUUCCACAGUACAUGGCGCUGUGGAAGCUGGUUGGCGUGAGGCUAGGCGCUUAGCACAAUUUUAUGGAAAACUUAAACAUAUAUCUAAAAAUUACAAAUCAAAAUGCUUUGAUUUUAUAACAAAAAUUGUAGGAAAGCCAAAAAGUCCCAAAGAAUAUAAACCAAGAUCAAAUGAACCAAGAAUAGUUAUAGUUGGCGCAGGAAUUUCUGGUAUUGCUUGUGCUCUUAGGCUUCUUGAUUAUGGUUUUGAAGAUAUAAUAUUAUUGGAAGCGCAGUCUAGAAUCGGUGGCAGAAUUCAUACUGUUCCCUUUGCAGAUAAUGUAGUUGAUUUGGGAGCACAGUGGUGUCACGGAGAAAUCAAUAAUAUUGUGUUCCAAACAUUAAAAGCGAAGAAACGUUAUGACCUAUUGGAUACAACAGGUGGUAUUUAUGUAUCUUAUGAGUGUAUUCGUUCAAAUGGUCAAAAAGUAGAUAUUGACAUUACGAAUCGUUUGAAAAAUAUUGUUAGUACCAUUAUAGAAGAACGUAAAAAGGAUAUAGCCUUUCAUACUGGUUCUUUGGCAUUGUACUUAACCGAAAAAUUUAAUGAAGCACUAGCACUUCCUGAAAAUAACGAUAUAGAUGAGACAAUAGCAUCUGAAUUUUGGGAAAAUUUUAAAAAAUUGGAAAGCACUGAAACAUCAACUGAUCUCGAUGAAGUUUCUGCCUGUGGUUUCAAUGAAUAUUAUGAAUGUCCAGGAGACUAUAUGCUAAAUUGGAGAGAUAAAGGGUACACAACCUUUUUGCGUCUUCUGCUGCAAAGUGAAGAGUUAAAUAAGGAACUAGGUCGUCUGAGUGGCAAAGUUGUAUUUAACACUAUAGUAAGUACGAUUAGGUGGAAUACCGAAGAACAAGAUAAUAUGAUAGAAAUAUGUAUAGAGGGCUCAAUUAAUUCAUAUAAGGCAGAUCAUGUUGUAGUAACAGUUUCAUUGGGUGUACUAAAAGCAAAUUUCAUGGAAAUGUUUGAACCACCUUUACCGGAUGAAAAAAAACGUGCAAUAAAUGGACUUGGAUUCGGAAGUGUGGGUAAGAUAUUCCUUGAAUUUCCAGAACAAUUUUGGCCGGACGAUUGGACGGGUUUUAGUACAUUAUGGAGAGAAGAAGAGUUAGCAAAAAUGCGAGGAACAAAAAAUUUUUGGUUGGCCGAUGUAUUCGGUUUUUAUUGUGUUAACUAUCAACCAAGAAUUUUAGUUGUAUGGACAGUUGGUAAAUUAGUAAUGUUUAUUGAAUCUCUACCUAGGAUUGAAGUCCAAGACAAUUUAAUGUUUUUAUUACGACAAUUUCUACCCAACUGGGAUAUACCAAAACCUAAAAAUAUAUUAAUAGCGAAUUGGGAAAGUAAUCGAUUUUUUCGAGGUUCAUAUUCAUUUCGAUCAUUACAUACUGAGUUUUUAAAAACAACCGCACAUGCAUUAUCGUUACCUUUAACAGUUUUGACAUACGCAGAUGUAGAUGAAUUCUAUGAGCGCGCUUCUCUUCGUCCUCUCUCAAUUCGACCUGUUGUUCUGUUCGCAGGUGAAGCAACAAGCAAACAUUACUAUUCUACAGUGCAUGGUGCGAUGGAGAGUGGCUAUAGAGAAGCAGACCGUUUAGCUGGUUAUUAUAGUAAACCAAGACUAAUAUGAUUGAGUUUGUGAUACAUAU